AUGUGGCCGAUUGGCACGGAAACUGUGUACCUUACAAGUACGAGCAAGUUUGUCAGCGUCAGCUCCGUUUCUGUCGGCUACACCGACCCCUCCGUUUACACCGUUUUCACUACCAAGUCGCGUGACUCUUACGCCCUACUCGUCUACUUUCUCUGGUUCAGACCGCACUGGGACGUUGCGAUAAACACCUUCCGCCCGGUCUACUUCCACCGAAACGCCGCCUCCGAGUUCCUCGCCAUUGUCUGUCUAGGGCGCCCGUGGAGGCCGAUCAAGCGGAUUCAAGCCCAGCGGUGGCAGCUAUGUGGCUGGUCACAUCGCCCAAGGGGGCUUCUGGGAAUUGAUAAGGCCAUCGCAGUUUAUUACUAA